AUGAGUGAACCGACACAGGAAUCAACAGUGCGAACAACAGUAGAUCGAGCUCAUUUAGCAAGCAUGCGGGAACGUUUAGAUCGGUACCGUCAACGACAUGCAGCAGUGCUCAAAAAAGAACAAGAAAAAGAGCGGAUAGACCAAGCAGAGGCUGAGACACGGAAGCGAUUACAAGAACUGCUCGAAGCAGAACAGGCUCAGCAACAAAAUCCCACAAAUUCUCCGAGUAACCACAACAACAUCCCACCGCAACUCUUAUCCAAUGCCUUUGCCAUGGUAUCUGAAAAAGAUGCCAUUAGCUGGCUCAAAGCCAAUAACCCAGAAAAGCCAUCAUCAGCAUCGUCUCCUUCACCAUCCUUGUCGCCGUAA